GUCAGACUGCUUCCCUUCUUCCUCUGGCUUCAUCUCCUCCAGCCCAGAAUCACCAUGACCUGUGGAUCGUCUUGCCUUAGCUCCCGUAGUGGAGUCUGCAAAUCCAGCUCCUGUGUGACCACUCAGAGAUUCAGCUGCACCUCGGCUUCUGGGCCCCGGCCGGGCCGCUGCUGCAUCACGGCCGCCCCCUACCGCGGCGUCUCCUGCUACCGCAGCCUCACAGGGGGCUUUGGCAGCCGCAGCGUCUGCGGAGGCUUCGGUGCUGGCUCCAGUGGCCGCAGCUUCGGGUACCGCUCGGGUGGCGUGGUCCGUCCCAGCCCGCCCUGCAUCACCACCGUGUCCGUCAACGAGAGCCUCCUCGCGCCCCUCAACCUAGAGAUCGACCACAAUGCCCAGUCCGUGAAGCAAGAGGAGAAGGAGCAGAUCAAAAUUCUCAACAGCAGGUUCGCUGCCUUCAUUGACAAGGUGCGCUUCCUGGAGCAGCAGAACAAGCUGCUGGAGACCAAGCUGCAGUUCUUCCAGAACCGCAAGUGCUGCGAGAGCAACCUGGAGCCGCUCUUCAAUGGCUACAUUGAGACGCUGAGGCGGGAGGCCGAGCGCGUGGAGGCCGACAGUGGGAGGCUGGCCUCCGAGCUCAACCACAUGCACGAGGUGCUGGAGGGCUACAAGAAGAAGUAUGAAGAGGAGGUCGCCCUGAGGACCACGGCGGAGAAUGAGUUUGUCAGAAUCAAGCAGGAGGUUAACAAUCUCAGCGUGCAGAAGGCAGAUCUGAAGGCCAACGCUCAGAGCCUGGCGGAGGAGGUGGGCUUCCUGAAGACCCUCUAUGAGGAGGAGAUCAGAGUCCUUCAAGCCCACAUCUCAGAUACUUUGGUCAUUGUCAAGAUGGACAACAGCCGGGACCUGAACAUGGACUCUAUCAUUGCUGAGAUCAAGGCUCACUAUGAUGACAUUGCCAGCCGUAGUCGGGCUGAGGCUGAGAGCUGGUACCGCACCAAGUAUGAGGAGAUCAAGGCCACGGUGGUCCAGCACGGGGAGACCCUGCGCCGCACCAAGGAGGAGAUCAAUGAGCUGAACCGCGUGAUCCAGAGGCUGACAGCCGAGAUCGAGAAUGCCAAGCGCCAGAACUCCAAGCUGGAGGCUGCUGUGUCCCAGGCUGAGCAGCAGGGCCAGGCGGCCCUCAAUGAUGCCCGCUACAAGCUGACUGAGCUGGAGGCCGCCCUGCAGAAGGCCAAGCAGGACAUGGCCUUCCUGCUCAAGGAGUACCAGGAGGUGAUGAGUUCCAAGCUGGCUCUGGACAUCGAGAUUGCCACCUACCGGCGCCUGCUGGAGGGCGAGGAGCAGAGGCUGUGUGAAGGCAUUGGCGCUGUGAACAUCAGUGUGAGCAGCUCCAGGGGUGGAGUCGUCUGUGGGGACCUCUCAGCUACUCGUACCUGUGGCAUCAGGUCCUGUGGGAUAGCAGCCUGUGGCAGCAGCUCUAAGAAGUGUUAAGUUGGCAGGACUUGAGGAUGCACCCAAGCCCCCAGUCCAUCUCUCCCUCCUGGAGGAUUCCAGCUGCCCAACCCUACCAUGCGCAGCCCAGGGCAUGGGUGCAACUGCUUGUUCUCCCCCUACCCAUCUUUCCUACUGUCCACUUUUUAUUUAUUGAUGUGUGGGAAUCCCCCCUCUUUGUUGCCUGCCUCCCUCAGGCUGAGAAAGGCUGCUGGGACGAGUGACCCAUGGAUGUAUUCUGUUUGAGGAUUCUGGGCUGCCUGAGCCCAUGAAGAGGACAGCCCCUCAGCCCCUGUUCCCCUGCCCCCUACUUCCUUCCCUUUGCA